AUGUCAGAGUUCCCAGCUUUUCUUCGUGUGUCCUUCCUGUUGCUUUGCAUUCUGGGUAUGACCUCUGUGACCUCUGGCUUCCCUCAGCCUCAGCUGCGCCUCAGAGGUCCUGAUGAUACAGAGGAGGUGAAACGAGACGACUGGGACGUCCUCUUCCCGUCCAUUUCCCUCCACGACUGGGACAUCCAGAUGAUGCCCGGCCUCAGAGCUGCAGCUGACAGCAAGACGGAGCUGAUGAGGGAGGCCUGGCUGUUCGGGCCGGAGAGAACCGAGGCCAGUGUGGAGGGCGUCUGGCCUGCAGAGUGGGCGUCCAAAGGGGCCCGGCUCCUGAAGAGGAACAUGGUGGUGGCCGACGACGCCGCCUUCAGAGAGAAGAGCAAACUGCUCACGUCCAUGGAGAGGCAGAAGUGGCUCAACUCCUACAUGCAGAAACUCCUCGUGGUUAACUCAUGACGGUCCUGUCAGUAAAGUCGACACAAACCUCUGAACGCUUUUUAAAUUUCCACGGUGCAGUUAC